AAUAACAUCAAUUAGAGAGUAUAAGAUUUUUUCAGAACUAUAUCAAGACCAUCUCCCAAGCACUGACUGCAUUGUGGGCAAAGCUAAAGCUGCUGGGCCUGAAUGCUUGCAAGGGCACACUCAGUCACUCUUCUUCCUCCUGAAGGAGGGAGUAGCAGAAGCGCAGCUCCAGAGCUCAGCUGUAGCUCUCCAUCGCCAGUUUCCAUCAUUCAAGUUGUAGCAAGCGCAGGUCGUGGUUUAUUCCAGCUCAAUCGCACGGGUCUGCCACUGCUCUGGGUGCAAACUGCAAGUGCUGGCAAUCAAAGUUUCUUUAUGUGCAAACCCAGUUUGUGGGAACGGCAAUUAAGAGUCGCUCAGUGCCUCUUCGAGAGGGUAGGUCAGAGAGGAAGUGUCCGCGUUGGGGUUGCUUGUGACGGUGAGUUGCAACGACCGUGACACACAUCUGGAGUUUGUUUCCCAAGAAUUAGUCGAGUGUCUUCUCUUCUUCUUCCUUCUCCUCCGUCUCCUCCUCCUCCUGCUGCUGCUGCCAUGAAUGUUGUAUAAGAUGCAGUUAUCCAUGCCUUUUGAGGUUAGAGGGGAUUGAUUUGACGGUCAUUUGUAGAGGAGCUAGCUGGUCCUCGGUCAAAUCUGAGGCUCCUUGCAAUAGUGGACUAUCGGCUUUCUUUCAGAUCUCCAGUCUUGAAGGCUACAGGUUGGGUAGCAUUGUGCCAGAAUUUGGUUUUCGGCAUUGUUUACUCAGUUGAGGAGCUGCUGCUGCAUUGGUUUCCCCUGAUGCACAAGACGGGUACAGGUAAUUCUGUGAGAUAAUUGGCUCAACCUCUCCGGUGCAGGAGCCGUUCAAAUUGGAGGAAUACUUGAAGCAUACUUUGGCAUUGCGACUUGUAAAGUAUUUGAAAGAAAUUGGCAAGGUAAUCUGGUUGGUCAUCUGGACCCCAUGGCGAGCUAUGGCAAUCACCGAUUCUGGAUAUCCGCAAUCCUCUUUGCAUCGAUGUCGGUCUGUGUACUGUCCCGAGUAGCCUCUUCAGGAAAUGACAAGAGCGCCUCUGCCGCCAGCUCAAGUCCCUCGACCGUUUACCGCCCAUUUAGGCCAUGGCCAAACGCUGUCAAUAUCGCUGAAUCAAAAGUGCUCGUGAAGGAUCCAGUUGUCAACAUGCAGUACCACAUGGGCCCUGUACUCACCUCAGCGAUUCACGUCUACAUCAUUUGGUAUGGCAGGUGGAAAAACUCUCAAAAGAGUAUAAUCCGCGACUUCCUGGCCUCCGUCUCCGCGCCCGCGCCAGUUACCGGACCAUCGGUGCAGCAAUGGUGGUCCACAGUGCAAACCUACACCGAUCAAACGGGUGCCAACAUUAGCGCAUCGAUCAUGGUAGCCGGCGAGCACGAAGACCGCAAUUACUCUCACGGGAAGGUCCUUUCGCGUCUAAGCGUGCAAGAGGUCAUCCGCAGUGCACUCGCAGAAAACAACGGAACACUCCCAGUGAAUACGAAGGGCGGGCUUUACAUGGUCCUCACGGGGGAAGAUGUGAUGAUGCAAGAUUAUUGUCGAGCUGUGUGUGGAUUUCACUACUUCACAUUCCCUGCGAAGGUCGGCUACACGCUCCCUUACGCGUGGAUUGGGAAUUCUGGCAAGUCAUGUCCGGAGGUGUGUGCUUUCCCGUUUGCCAUCCCCGAGUUCAUGGGCGAAUCGUUCGCUCCACUGAAGAGCCCUAACAACGAUAUCGGCGUCGAUGGCAUGGUGAGCGUUAUUGGCCACGAGCUCGCAGAGAUCUCCAGCAACCCGCUGAUCAAUGCAUGGUACGCAGGUGAGGAUCCGUCUGCUCCGUUCGAGAUUGCAGAUCUCUGCGAGGGGAUGUAUGGACAUGGUGCGGGAGGUGGGUACCCUGGCGAUGUACCUGUGUCCAAAUUCGGCGCGAGCUACAAUGUUCAUGGCGUGCGAGGCCGGAAAUUUUUGGUGCAAUGGCUGUGGAAUGCCGACAUGAAUUCCUGUCAAGGUCCUGUUUGAAGACACUGCAAGAAGAAUGCCACGGCAAUUCAUUCCCUACGAGAUUAGUCGCUGAGUUUCACAUAAAAUCUCCAAUGCUGAUCCCGAAUCUUCCCGAUUCUUCCGGAGUAACCACAGGUCAGUGCCGCGCGAUCAAACGUGACCUUGCACUCGGGAGUCUAUCCCGAGUGUUAAAUUGUUUUGAGCCAUGUAGGAGCUUCAGAAUCAAGAGUCUUACGAUUUGCUGCAUUGGAACAAUUCGUUCCCCAGCAAUCUACUCAGUAGUUGUGCUUCCAAUCAAUGCAGAGAAUCUAACGGGACACACACGUUUUUUUUUCUUUCCCCCGUUUUGAGCAUUUUCCUGUUUAACUAUCUGCCAAGGAAAGUCAAGCAAACCCCUGUUUGUGGUGAUGGUUCAAUACAUCUCCUUUCAAAGCUUGAACUUGUUCUAGUUCAAGCUUGCCUUACCGUAGUGAUUUUGUGCCUCCACCCUAUUAGAAGAAUGCCGUGCAAAUCUCUUGAAAAUCGCAGUUUGGGGUGAUCCAGUUUGCCGCCAUUUCCCGGUGCCCACUUCCAUGAUAUGCAUGAAUUAAAGGUAUUUCACCACUAGUGGAUGUUUC